CGAGAAAGAAAGUGAGUCAAAAUUGGGAGCAACUCCAAGCUGUGCAAAAUCUUCGUUAGGUGGCUUGCAAAUUGCAAUCGGAAGAGAGAUAAGGUCCCUUCUCAAGCAUGGCGAUGACAAUACACGGAUUCUGGUGGGAAUGGGUAUCACAGAGACAGAGUGAUCUUUCUCUUAGGUCGCUUCCCAAAGAGAAGCGAAGAAGAAUGAAGUUGCACGAGGGAUAUACAAUUCCACAAAAGCUUUUGCGAACAAAUUGUUAACUAUAAUCAGUUCAGGGUUCAGGCUAUAAUAAAAUUGGGAAAUCUAUACUACUUAUGUUAAAGACACUUGGGGUGAUGCAUGUAAAUCCACAGAUGAAACAUCCUUUGCAAUGUCGAGUACAGGUCCGAAGAAUUAAAAAUAUAAAGCACAUAUUGCAUGGUUGCUUGGAUGCUAAGGUUAGGGGUCCGAAAUUAGUCACCUGCAUAUGGGUGCAUCUCUAUUCCUACACAGGGAUUUGACUUCUGUUAAGUGAAAGGAGUGGGUUUUCGAGAAUAAAUAGCAGUUAUAACUGUUUACUAGAAAAUCAAUGAUUGAGAUUGUUAUAAGAUACAUGCAUAUUGUUAAAAGCUCAAUUGUUGAUUUUCUAAUCAUGGUUCUAAUUGCAUUUAUUGUCUAAUGUGCACUCCCUUACUUAAGAGGAGCUAAAUCCCAUCCGUUACUUUCAACGUGCGCUAGCCUCUAACUACUUGAGAAAAGGAGGAUAUAGAAUUCAAUUAUUGAUUGCAGCUGAGAGACAUUGUGAAAGAUUUUGAUACUAAUUUAUAAGAAUCUUGAGAGAAGUACAUUACAAAAGUUAAUAGUUGUAGUUGAAGAGUCCAAUGUCUUAUAGACCCCACACUAAAAAUACUUCUAAUGUGGGAUUCGGAUCUUAUACCUUGCAAUUGGGAUCAUAUAGGUCAAACAUUUCCUCAUUUUUAGCUUAAAUUUAGUGGCAGGCAACUCAUGUUAUAUUUAUUAUCAUUUCAUUUGUACUUUUGGAGAUUACACUGCUGUGGGUUGUGGCCAAAUUCACUCUGCACUUUUCCUACUAAGGAUUUAUGUUUUCUUUGCCUUUUUCUGUUAUUUUUGUUUUAAUUCCUCAAUGUAUAUAUUUUUAAUCAUGUUACUGAUUCUGUCCUGCAUCUGAUGUUACAAAUGGGUGUCUGGGACUGCUCUUGUCUUUACAGUCCUUGCUGGGCUAGCUUUUAUGUUUUCAGCUAGCAUUUUGCUACAAAUUCUGGCAUGUGCAAUAUACAACAACUGGUGGCCCAUGUUAUCAGCUCUGAUGUAUGUGCUGGUACCUAUGCCUUGCUUAUUCUUUGGAGGUGGAUCCACUCAAUUUCUGAUGAGCCGUGAUGGUGGGGGUUGGAUAGAUGCUGCAAAAUUUUUGACGGGGGCUUCAGCCAUUGGGAGCAUAGCCAUUCCCAUAAUCCUCAGGCACGCUCAUAUGAUUGAGACAGGAGCGAUGCUCAUUGAGCUUGUAUCGUUCUUCAUAUUUAUAUGUACUGUUAUGUGUUUCCACCAAGCGAACCUUGAUGAUGAUUGGUAAUAGUAAGUUUUGACAUCCUGCUAAUCAUUAGGGUUUGUUACCCAUAAAAUGGUAAACCAAAUAGUGAAAGCUUACAACAACCAUGGGAAAAGAAGUGUAUGUUCAAACGUCUGUAAAGCUCUGCUAAUAAUUGUUUUUUUUUUUUUAGUCUAUUUGUAUUCUUGUUAUAGUAAGAUGCUAGUAUUUGUGAUAACUUCCUUGGUUUGCUUAUGUGUAUAUCGUCCAUAUAUAAUCUGUUAACACUUUACACUAAACUCGAGAUAUAUUUUUAUGCACACGUGCUCUUGUACAA